AUGACCCUGAAGUGCAAAGACAAUGUGAAAUCAGCGGUGUUCCUCGUGACUGCAUGCACCAAAUCUACUGUGAUGCUUGGACUAUUGGGUACGAUGAAAGAUGGGGCUUUGAUGUAUUGGAGAUCCGACGAAGACGAUUCUCAAUAUUCUCAUCCUUUAGAUUUCUGUCCUAUUGUUGAUAUGAAUGCUGGUAAGGUUAUUUCGAUCGAUAUCCCGCAAAGGAGAAGAAAAGUGUCUAAGCACAAGCAUUCUUCAUUCCACCCAAAGCAUGUCGCUGAAAAGUUUGGUACUAAGGAAAACCCAACUGGAUUCAGACAAGACAAUUUCCCAAUUAACAUCACCCAACCAGAAGGUGUGUCUUUCAACAUGCAAGGUAAUGUUAUGAACUGGUCCAAUUUCAGUUUCCAUAUUGGGUUCAACUAUCGUGAAGGUAUUGUCUUGAGUGACAUGACUUACAAUUCUCAUGGUCAAGUUAGAUCACUUUUCCACAGAAUUUCUCUUUGUGAAAUGAUUGUUCCUUAUGGUUGUCCAGAUUUCCCCCAUCAAAGAAAACACGCUCUUGAUAUUGGUGAGUAUGGUGCUGGUAACUGUACCAAUCCACUUUCCUUGGGUUGUGAUUGUAAGGGUGUUAUUCAUUAUAUGGACGCUCAUUUUGUUUCGGCCAAGGGUGAUGCAUCUACUGUCAGAAAUGCCAUUUGUAUCCAUGAAGAAGAUGAUGGUCUUUUGUUCAAGCACUCUGAUUUCAGAGAUGAUUUCCAAACUACUGUUACUACCAGAGGUAAGAAAUUGAUUAUUAGUCAAAUCUUCACUGCUGCCAAUUACGAGUACUGUGUUUAUUGGAUCUUGAGACAAGAUGGUACCAUCAAGUUAGAAAUUAGAUUGACUGGUAUAUUGAACACUUAUAUUUGUGCUGAUGAUGAAAAGAUCGGUCCUUGGGGAACUAUUGUUUAUCCAAAUGUCAAUGCUCAUAACCAUCAACAUUUGUUUUCGUUGAGAUUGCAUCCAAGAAUUGACGGUGACAAUAACUCUGCUGCUACUAGUGAUGCCAAGCCAUCUCCUUACCCAACUGGGUCUCAAGAAAACAUGUAUGGUAAUGGUUUCUACUGUGAAAAGACCACUUUCAAGACUGUCAAGGACUCCUUGACUGAUCUUGAUGCCAGUACUGCCAGAACCUGGGACUUGUUUAAUCCAAGUUCCGUCCAUCCAUACUCUGGCAAACCAGCUAGUUAUAAAUUGGUGUCCACCUUCUGUUCUCCAUUGUUGGCCCAACCAGGCUCCUUGGUAAGAAAGAGAGCCCCAUGGGCCGAACACCAUGUUGAGGUUGUUCCAUAUCAAGAUGAAGACCACGGUUAUGGUCGUUUAUACCCAUCCGGUGACCACGUUGCCCAAUGGAGUGGUGAUGGUUUAAGAGGUAUGAGAAAGUGGAUUGGUGAUGGUAAGGAUAAUGUGGAUAAUACCGAUAUUGUUAUGUUCCACACUUUUGGUAUCACUCACUUCCCAGCUCCUGAAGAUUUCCCAGUCAUGCCUACUGAAAUCUUUGAUUUGCAAUUGAGAGCUAGAAAUAUCCAUUUGGAAAACCCAGUUCUUGAUGUUAAGCCUUCAUAUGCCAAGACCACUAGUGAAGUUAAGGCUAAUGCUAAGGGGUAUGAUUCAUGUUCUCUCAAUGUUGACAAGACAUCUAGAUUGGCUUUUGAGUCGAAGAGCUGCUGUUCUAAGAAGUAA